UGCAAAUAUGCAUAAUAAAUUUCUGUUGUUCAGAAGUUCUGUUACUUAAAACUCAGAAAAAUAGUCAAAAACAAGUUUUCCUUUUUCCGUGUCUUUGUUGCAUUAGCCUUUUCUUAACAUCCAGGCGUCUAAACUAAAUCUGAAUUACUCACUUGGUGGGAAGAUUCGCAAAACGUCUAACAGAAAUCGAAGGAUGGAGUGAAUCUCCCAUCCACGCUUACAACUUAGAUUUUCCAAGUUAAAAAACUAAAGUACCUUAGCUUCUAGAAACAUGCAAUAUACCAAUGGCCUUUUCUUGCUUUCCUGUUUCGUUGUAAACAGCUCCCUGGCCACUUAAACGAUACCGUAAAAAUGACAGUAAAAAGUACAAGCUGCCUCCAUCUAAAGAAGGCUGAAGACACAACAGAGACAGGACAACCAAGUCAGAGAAAACUGCGACAGCCAGACACUUGGUGGUCUUGGGUCGUGUGUGCGGCUGGAGUCACUUGUAACAUCAUCGUAAUUGGAUGCACGUAUUGCUUUGGUAUUAUUUUUCCUUCUCUUCUUGACGAGUUUAAGGCAGGAAAAUCCAAAACAGCGUGGGUUGGAUCUCUGGCAGUGGCAUCCGCUGGUCUUUUUGGUCCCGUAGCUGGACGACUCACCGACCGAUUUGGCGCACGCGCAGUGGUUAUUAGUGGAGCGGUGUUGAGCACCAUCGGUCUCCUAUUGACUUCUUUAGUUCCCAGUCUUUAUCUUAUGCUUUUGACUUACGGAGGAAUCUUUGGGUGUGGCUCAAGCCUCGUUUACAUUGCCGUUUUCGAGAUCGUGCCUCGGUAUUUUGUGAAGCGACGUUCGUUAGCCACAGGGUUAGUAACUAUGAGUACGGGAGCUGGAUUACUUGUAAUGAGCCCAGUGUGCCAGGUUUUCAUUGAUGCAUUUGGCUGGAGAGGAGCCUUUAGAGGCAUGACUUGUAUCGUUUUCAUCAUUCCCUUCAUCGGCUGGGUAUUGGAUCCUAAUGUGGCAAGCGACCAAGCCGAAAGAAGUGUUCAAGAAAGUGAAGAGUCUAAAGCAGGGCAGAGAAGUCGAAUUCUGGAUUUGACAAUGUGGAAAAAUAUUACCUUUGUCGUCCUGAAUAUAACAUACGUUUUUGUAUACAUUAGUCACUCCAUACCUCCUGUCCUUCUCGCCCGGUACUGUGAGGAUCGUGGUAUCGCCGCUGACUUGGUAACCUGGCUUUAUUCGUCCAUUGGACUGGCAAGUCUCGUGGCCAGGAUAUUGGGUUCCAAGCUUUGUGACGUCAUGAGUCCUCCAAGAGUGUUCCUCAUAUUUGCGACAGUCGCUACAGUGGCGACUAUGAUGUUGCCCUUAGCAACCAACUGGAUGUGGCUUCUUUGUUAUUGCAUAGCUUAUGGUCUUGCAGAUGGCCUGAUGACGAUUGGAAUAAUUCUUUCAGGUUUGCAAACCCUUACACAGAAACAAAAAGCCCAAGGAUUUGGUUUUCAACAGUUGUGUAUUAGCACGGCUUUCUUGUACGGCCCACCAAUUGGAGGUAAGCCUCAGAGGUGGAAUACCUUAAUUCCAAGUUGUAACAAGAUUAAAUUUGGCCAAAAGUCUAUAAAAUGAAGAAUACAGACUUGUGAUGUAGCACGUCUGAGUAGCUUCGUAAUGGAUAACUUCUCCCCCGCUAACUUAUUUUCUUGUGUUUUCCCUUGUCCUCUUUCUUUAAUUUUGAAUUAAGCAGCUUAAUUUUGAGACUCGUUUCUUUCAGCUGGAACAACUGCUUUUGGGAAGUAAAAUAAACCAAACCCCCUUGAAAUCAGGGAA